CCUCGUGCAUCCGUCCCGAAGUAGCUGAAGGUUGAACUGCUUCCCUCCAUCCGCACUGCUGUUCUUUACCGUGAGCGUUCACCGUAUCCCACAGAGCCAUGUCGGUGUUCACAGACGUGCCCCAAGCCCCGCCGGUGGCUGUCUUCAAACUCACGGCCGAUUUUAAGGAUGACCCGCAUCCGCAGAAGGUGAACCUCGGAGUCGGAGCAUACCGUACAGAUGACUGCCUGCCAUGGGUGUUGCCGGUGGUGAAAAAGGUGGAGCGCCUCAUUGUGGAGGACGAGACUUUGAACCACGAGUACCUGCCCAUCUUGGGACUGCCUGAAUUCAGGUCUGCAGCCUCUAAAGUGGCUCUGGGAGAUGACAGCCCUGCCAUUAAAGAGAACAGGGUGGGUGCGGUGCAGUGUCUGGGGGGCACAGGAGCUUUGAGGAUUGGGGCAGACUUCCUCCGUCGCUGGUACAACGGCACCAACAACACGGCCACUCCCGUCUAUGUCUCUGCACCCACAUGGGAGAACCACAAUGGCGUCUUCUCUGAUGCUGGAUUCAAAGACAUCCGUCCAUAUCAUUAUUGGGAUGCCAACAAACGCGGCCUGGACCUGGAUGGACUUCUGGACGAUCUGGAGAAAGCUCCAGAGCAUUCGAUCUUUGUGCUUCACGCUUGCGCCCACAACCCAACUGGCACUGACCCGACACAGGACGAGUGGAAGAAGAUUGCUGAAAUCAUGAAAAGGAGGAACCUGUUUGUGUUCUUCGACUCAGCCUAUCAGGGCUUUGCUUCUGGGAGUCUGGAGAAAGACGCAUGGGCCAUUCGUUACUUUGUUUCUCAGGGAUUUGAGCUGUUUGUGGCUCAGUCUUUCUCUAAGAACUUCGGCCUCUACAAUGAGAGAGUGGGGAACCUCACAGUUGUGGCCAAAGAUGGUGAGAAUCUGACCAGGACCCUGUCUCAGAUGGAGAAGAUUGUGAGGACUACCUGGUCCAACCCUCCGUCUCAGGGCGCACGCAUCGUCAGCAAAACACUCAACUCUCCAGAGCUAUUCGCUGAAUGGAAGGAUAACGUAAAGACCAUGGCAGACAGGGUGCUGCUGAUGAGAGACCAGCUCCGCUCAAAGCUCCUGGCUCUGGGGACUCCUGGGACCUGGGACCACAUCACGGCUCAGAUCGGAAUGUUCAGCUUCACCGGACUUAACCCCAAACAGGUGGAGUACAUGAUAAAGGAGAAACAUGUGUAUCUUAUGGCUAGCGGACGAAUCAACAUGUGCGGCCUCACCUCCAAAAACAUCGACUACGUAGCUCAGUCCAUCCACGAAGCAGUCACCAAAGUCCAAUAAGAAACUCCGCUUUACUCUCCUACACUUCCCAUUUCCUUAUCUCUGCUUCUUCUGUACUCUGGUUAAAGCUGAAACCAAUCAAUCAGGGAGCUAGAAUCUGGGAAGGAACCAUUGCAAAAUAGAAACGAGCACUUUUUUGGUCCUAUCUGUUCACUGAAGAAGGCAGUUUUAAUGAAUUGAAUUUAUGGAAUACUGUAUCUUUUAAAUGUGAUACUGAACAAACAUUUAACCAUGUCCCCAUAUUAUCUCUGUAGUUUGUUCAAAAGCAACUGAAUGCAACUCCACAUAUAUAAUUUUGACUGAAACUGGAAAACUUUAAUGAUGACUUAAUAUAAAUGAAAAAAAUAGCACAAUUUUUAUGUUGUCUAUAAAUUCACUCUCCCUUCGCUGUACCGUAUAUUCACUGUCUCUCUUCUGUACAUGUCUGGCUUUAAAAUAUCAAACAUGGGCUGUCGUUAUAAUACAUUUAAAUGGGACAAAUGUCGUAUUAUGCUCUGAAAUGGACUUAAAAACAAAUCUACAGUUCAUUGUUCCUGACCAAUAGCAACAAUCUGUAGUAAGCUGCAGUACUGGAUGUGUAUACUGCCAACUGAAGACAAAUACAUUUCAAGUAUCCUGUUUUAACAAGAAAUUUUAAGUUAUUACCAGAUAUGCACUUUUUUUUUGUCUCAACCGUGGACCUCGUGGACCUAUAAUUACUAACUUAUUUUCAGUUGGCAGCAUUACGGCAACAGUUUUCACUUCAAAUGAAUAAAAGUGGUACUAUCAGAUCAUAUUUGUGUGGCGUUUGUGUAAAGGUGUUUGUGUAAGGUGUUGAAUUAAAUUUAUAUUCAUGUGGUAGAGUAUUUAUUCUCUCUUGUGCAUGCAAUGAAAAUAUGCAGGCUAAGAUAUUUUAAAUGUACACUUUUCUAUUAAAGCUUGAAUAGAAAUACAUUAGGGAAGUUGGACCUCUACUAAAAAGUAGGUACAGCCCAUUUUAAUGAGGAAAACAAUUUACUUAUAUAAAUAAACAGGCAGAAGCAAUGAGAAACUCAUUUUACUGUUCAAGUCAUUAACAAAUACAAAAAUAAACCAAACUUGGUAACAAUGGCAAUAAGUUGUUAAACAGUUAAAUGUGAUGUAACAGGAAAAACAGUAAUGUAUAAAAUGUAACACCACAAAACUGACUAAGAAUCAUUUAAAUAUUGUAUCUUGCUACAAAAGGAAUCUGAUCCACUUAUAUCUAGUAGACGGUAGUCCAGGUAAUUCAAAUGUGAAAUAAAAAAUAUAUAUUAAAAAGACAUUGGUACAAUAAAGCAUCUAUUCCCAGCAAAAUUAGUCAAAACCUAGGAAUGGGCGAUAUGCUGACCAAUAGAAGUGGGUGGGGAAAAAUGUCUGAGCAUAGGUUGUUCCAGGAUUGGAUCAAUUACAUUUUUUGUUCGCCAUAUUGCCCAGCCCCAUCAAAAACCAUUCACAGAACCCUCAUGUCAACAUCCACUACACCAUCAACCCUUCCAAGUGUUUCAUAAACAAAAACAGAUACAAAAA